AUUGGUCUGUGUUAAAACUUAAAAGUUAAAACAAUGUAAGGUUAGGAUUUAGAAAAAUAUUUUACAAAGGAAAUAUUUCGUAGUUAUUUUAGUAAAUUACGUUCUAUGUGCUUUCAAUAAAAUGGCAACGAAUUUUGUAAAAUAUUCGCAACUUAUAAACAACUCUACGAAAUACGCACAGCGAAUGAAAAGGUUAUCCAACAGAAUCUUCAGCGAAGUUGCGAUUCCUACUAAUCCUAAGUCAAUGAAAGUUGUGAAGAUCUUCUCAGCUAGACCGCUCCACACUAAUGAAGAGAUCAUCCACUACUACCCUCGGCAUGUGGAGACAGGCAAGUUGAUGAUGAAACUGCGAGAGUAUGGUCUGUUCCGAGAUGAACAUCAGGACUUCAAGGAGGAGAUGAAGCGCCUCCGAGAGUUGAGAGGCAAAGUCAAAGGCUGGAAGAGAAAGAUGAACUUGGAAGAAAAGCAAGCUUAGAUAUAAUAGAAUCAUAAUGCACUUUGCUUCAAGACCUGCAAUUUUUUGUACUGAAAAUGCAAGUGAUGUAAUAGUAAGUUUGACAGCCUCUCUGACUCAAAGCAAGCCCUGUGGUCUUAAAGUGAAGGGCUAACUUCUGGAAUAAAAAAAGUUUCGUGUUUAAGCAAGCGUAGUGUGGGAUGCCCUCCAGCACAAUGGACCGACGAUAUAAAGCGGCUGGCGGGAAGUGGCUGGAUGAGGAAGGCUGAGGACUGGGUGUGGUGUGGUGGCACUAUAGGGAAGGCCUAUGUCCAACAGUGGACGUACACAGGCUGAUGAUGGUGAUGAUGAUCAGCAUGGCUUAAAAUGUGUGGAUGUUUCUUUUAUAUUUAUUUGAUGUAUCAGCAUUUCUUAAAGCCGAAUCUUGGUAAAGAUGUCACAAUCAUUUUCAGUAUGGAAAAAUGUGGCUGUGAGUUUGAAUAACAGAAUAAUAGAUUUAGUUAUUAAUUAUUUGUAAAUAAAAUAUAUUAAUAAGAUAA